CCCGGUGGAGGAAGUUGGCGAUUUCACGAGAUUUCUCGCGUGCCUGAAAAGCAUUAAACAGCUGUUUGAGUGAAUUAUUUGUUUAUAUCGGAUAAAUUGCAAAGAUGCAUCGUUUUAAGGCUUCCAAAUAUCGAAAUGCAGCUCCGAAGAUUCCUAAGAAAGAGGUAGGUACCGCUGUUGUUCACGAUCUUUGCUUCAAUGACGAUUGUCAGUCUACGUACUUCACAAAUUUCAGUUUACCUUUUGACUUAUGUUCAGUUCUUUUCUUUUUCAUAGACUACUUGCGUUCGUAGACAAGCAGUAUAAUUACUUAAGAUAUUAGGGUUUGAGAGCACCGAUACGAAACUAAACUAAGGCAAUUUCAUUUUAUCUGGCAUCUAAGAUUAAAUGCAAGAAAUAAUGCUAGACUGCAAUCAUCGUAAACCUUGGAAGUCUAUUAUGCUGCAAAUGUUCAGCAGUUGAAGGCUUUGUUUUAAAACUUGACCAUAGUGUGUUAGAGCCUCGUAUGCUUAUUUAAGGGCUAUGUUUAAUUUUUUAGCUCAACUCUGCAGUGAAUCACUAAGUCAAAUCCAUUUCCUGGGGUCCAGGGGGGUGGGGCAGUUAUUUGAUGCAAGCCAGAUAGGAGUGGAGAUGGUGUGUUCCCAGUAAGUGUGGGGUUUGUAAAUUAUAUAUAGGGAUUUUAACAGGAUUUCAAUUAAUACAUCAUAUAUGAGAGCUUGCUGCCAGCAAACUUGGCCAAUUGCCACAUGAGGUUUUCUCAAGGGAAGAGCAGUCAAAACUCUUGGUGGUUUGAGUGAUCCUUUUAUAGAGCACAGUGUCUAUGAAUAUUGCUUUGAACACAUUAUAUACUUGACCAAACAAUAUACCUGUUUUCUAGGAGUCCAUUACUGAUAUAAGAGUUGGAAACCUAAUGAGCUCCCAUGGAAAUCACAUCAAAGCAAGUGACAUCUUCAUGGCAUUCAAUGUGGAUGCAGGAGGUAAGACUUAUCACACCAUCUAUUUUAACCUUUAUUGAAAAUUGCAUGUUGAAAAAACAAAGAUAAUAAUUGCCUCUAUAACUUGGUUGUUUUUACUUGAUUCAAGAACCAGCCACUUUGUUUUAGGUCAUGGAAAACAGGCAGAAAAGAUGUAGAAAAAUUUUUAUUAAGUGAUUAAAUUUUCUCUUAAGAAGUACAGAAUACAAACCUUGCAGAAGUAGGGCAAUGUAAAAAUUUGGUAAUCGCCAUUUACAGAGUAUAUUCAUCCCUCAGGUGGAGGAAGUCUUGGUGUUCUUCCUCUUGAAGAGGUAGGAAGGAAGGAACAGUCACUGCCUUUCCUCCAUGCUCAUGCAGGUACAUCUAUUAUUAUUAUCAUUAGAAUUAUUAAUUUUAUUGGUUGCUAGAUGACAUUUUCCUUGCUCUGUUGUACAGCUUUGCUUGAACAUUUUCAAACAGUCAUUUGAUCUGGAGAGGAAGUUAUCUCUUUUACUUAGUCUGUUUUUUUUUAUUGGCCUUUUCCUCUUGUUCAGAUUUUGUGUCUGACCUGGACUUUUCACCCUCUGAUGGAAGGCUUCUUACAACUUGCUCUUUUGACUGUUCAGUAAGUUUAAUUUUUUUUUAAUUCUGUGUCUGAAAAUUUAUUAACCACAAGCUUGUGGAGGCUGCUUAAACUGACAACUUGAUGAGAAGAAGGCAGUUGCCUGUGAUAUUUUUAAGAAGUUUAAAAAUAUUCUAAGAUUACAAAAUUUUCAUUUUUACUGCCUCCUUGUUAAAUGUCCAAAUGGACCAGGCUCAAAAUAUCUGUUGUAACUCUAGUUCUAUUUUCUAUCUGGUUUGCAGAUUAAACUGUGGCAAAUUCCAGAGGAAGGCAUAAAAGAGACUCUGUCUGCACCACUUUGUACUCUUCCACAGCAGCCUGUAAGUUACAACAUCAGUUAUAAAACUUUAAUAUUUCUAUAACUGCAAUUCAAUCCCUUCUCCCAUUAUAAAAAGAUACAAAACAACAACAAUGUAUAGGAAAACAUCAACAACCCAAUUGCUAAAUGGCUUUAAAAAAUUCCUUGGGGUGAACAAAAAAAUGUCCAUAGUGAUUAUGAGUUUACUUUUUUUAUUACUUUUUUUGUUACUCUCUUUCUAAGGGUCGCGUAGAAAAUGUGCUGUUCCAUCCUGCAGCAAGUGAGGUAUGGUAUGAUUGGUAAUAUUAAAUGAAAAGACUUGCACAAGAAAACAUUUUACCUUAUUUAAAUCUGCAUCUUUUUUUAUUACCUACCGUAUAUGGAAUCAUAAAUUUUAAAAAUACGAGAUUUCAUUCACGAUUAUAAAUCACAAAAUACUCUACUGUUUGUGUGAUUUUUUCUAUGAUUUUGCUGAUUGUUGGAAAUAGGUACUAGCUAGUUCAUCUGGAAAGUCUGUCACCAUCUGGGAUCUACAGAAACAGCAGCUGAACUACAGUCAGUAUAAUAUUAUGCAAUAAGAGUAGUAUUACUAUUUAACUAAAAUAAUAAUUUAAUAUUUCAUAAUACUCUAUAUGAGCUACAUGCAUUUAUAUGACACAAUUAAUCAAAGGGUUUAAUAUAGAAGUGAUCCUUGAAUGAAAGUGACUUAACUAGUAGUGAAAAAAAGUGCAGUGCACAUUAUAUGAUUUUCAUAUAUUUACAGUCAUGUAUUCACCACUUGGAGGUUUUAUUUGUAACUAACAUAAUGAUCAGCUCCCAGUUGGUUUGUUAGCUCAGUUGGUAGAGCACUGCUCCGGUAUUGCAGAGGUCAUGAGUUCAAAUCCCAUACAGACCUGAAUUUUUUUCAAGCCUUAUUUUCACUACUAGUUAAGUAGUAUUCGUGACUGUGAGGAUUAUUUCUACAUCCAUUUCUUCAACAGCAGUAUACAUAUAUGAUUUUCUUAUAUUUGCAGUUGUGUAUUAAUCAAAGGGUGUUUUAUCAUUUCUUGUUUGGGUACAGAUUUGGAAAACCAUCGCGACUUGGUUCAAAGUUUUUGCUGGAAAGGGGAUGGUUCUUUAUUGGUUACAUCCAGCAAGGUCAGCUAUUUAAAAGACAGUGUUAUAUUUCUAAUUUUAUACCGGAUAAGAAUUUCAUAUCAUUUUUAUUCUGAUAAAGUACAUUUCUACAAUGACAUCAUUCUUCUAACCUUUACUUUCUCAGGACAAGAAGGUACGCAUCCUAGACCCACGUGGAAAUUCUGUUGUUGCGGUGAGUGAACAAACUAACAAUUGGUUCAUACAUCAGCGUGUGUUCAUUGAGAUAUGAAGCACACGGGAAGUUUGGAGAGCACAAAAGAUGCAUAAGAGUUGCUCAAGGUGUAGCCGAGAGCAACUCUAGCUUCUUGAGUACUCUCCAAACUUCCCAAGUGCUUCAUAUAUCAAUGAAUGCACAGAUGAUGUAUGAACCAAUUGUUUUAUAAUAUUUUCAACCUGAUGGAAAAUGUUUUUUCUCGAGGGAUUUGUUUGCUGAUGUCAUGAGCGUGCAUAAUAGGAAUAUGAAGCAUACUUGUUCAAUUGAAUUUGAUUAGACAAAUUUGCUGGCUAUGUUAUAAUAAAUAUUGAAUAAUAUUGAUAAUGGUAAUGAUGUACAUGCACAUAACAUGUAUUAGCUAGUCCCAUUAUCAAGGGCCUCACUCACUUUGUGUUUUAGACAAAGAUUUGUAUGAUUAUAUUUUCAUUUUGAAAGAUGAAGUAUUUAGUGUUGAUAGGAAUUAACAAAAAUAUUUCAAAACUAAGUGACUGUGUGCUGUGUUUGCAGGAAUGUGAAGGCAUGGAAGGAAUCAAGGACUCAAGAGUGCUGUGGCUGGGAAACACAGACAAAAUUAUAACCGCAGGUUUCAGGCAGGUGAGAAUAUUACUUAGUUUAGCUGAAAGAGUCUUUUGAAAACAUGAGACAUUUCUAAAUUACUCUUUCAACAGUCUCGCACCCGUGAAGUUGUUGUUAGGGAUGUGAAAAAUAUAUGCAGUCCAUUACAGAGGAUGAGCUUUGAUACAUCAUCUGGGUAAGUGAACUCAAAGUUUAUUGCCAUUUUAAACUUUCCUAGCUGUUUUUUUACAAAAUCAGAUUUGAAAUCUAAGGUGAUAAAGAACAGAUAUAGCUGUCAAAACACAAGUUUCAAUUGCAGGAUAAUAGUGAGUUUUUAAAUUUCACUUUCUUUAACAAACGGUUAUUUUAAUAAACAGCUUUUGUAAACUUUUCUUAAAAAAAUUGUGCAUAAUUCAUUGUUCUGUCUGACACUCAAAUGGAACAAGCACUGUCUGUGACUUUAGGUAUUGCCAAACAUUCCACACCACACAUUUAAUCCAAGCAGUGUAAUUCUAUGGCCAACACUCUCAUCUCUUUUUUUUAUCCACACAACUUUUGUACAUGCAGAAUUCUGAUGCCAUUUUUUGAUCCAGACACCAACAUGUUGUUCUUAGCUGGGAAGGUAUUAUUGUGUAUACCUUAUUAUUCUUGUAUUUGUUUUUACCAUCCAUUAUUACCACAUUGUCUUAUGUCCAAAUUGUAAUUUUAAUACUUGUUUGGUGACAACAUGUUCUAAUACAUACAAGGGGUGCAUUAAACUAUUUACAUGACUAACUAACUUAACACACUCCAAACAGCACUUGACGUUGUUUAUUUAAUGCCCUUUUACUCCCCAAAUCUCAAAAAGUUGAGAGUAAUUCUUCAUGCUGUCUCCAUUCAUUUCCUACAAUGGUAGUUGUGAGAAUUUGGUGUCAAAUCAUGAUACCCCCUGAUAUUCUUUUUCAUUCUUAUGUCCUGAUUUAUGUUAUAUUAAAAAUAUCUCGCAAAUGAAAAUGAGAGAGUUGGUAGUCAUAUUUGAUUCAAUGAGCAGCGUACAUGAAGUAAACACAGCUUUGUGGGUGGUUUCCCCCCUUUCAAUCCAGUACAUAAUGGACUCUUGUUAUUGUGACCUAAUCCAUUUGUUUAUUUUAUCUCUCGUUGCACUCAGGGUGACUCUUCAAUCCAGUAUUUGGAAGUAUCUGAUACUGCCACAUCAUUUGUUACUUCAGGUAAUUGAGAUAAAUAUCUCAACUAAACAUGCUCAUUACAUAAAGUGACAUUUGUUAAAAAAAUAGUAUUCAUUGCUUAACUGUCAGUGUCACUACUCUGUUCUGUAGUGUGAGCUAACUUCCUAAGCUUUGAUUGAUCCUGUGCCAGUGGUAAUGAGUGUGAACUCAAUAUUAAUGCCUUUGUUUCUUUAUGAUACAGUUAGAGUAUUGAAAUUUCUACUGAUAUAAAAUUUUCUGUACUAUUUCAAGUGUCAUCACAGGUGAUGGACCAACAGCACAAAGGUAUGGCCAUUGUACCUAAACUUGCCAUGAAUGUAAUGAAAUGUGAAGUGGUACGACUUCUUCAGCUAACAAAAUCAUCAGUGGUCCCUAUCAGUUACUGUGUGCCACGAAAGGUAAAGAAAUAAUUGAAUCAUGUAACUCAUGACUGAUUUGUUUGUCCGUUUCUUUAUUGUCUCCUUGUUUGUUUAUUUGUUUUACUGUUCUAUCAUCAUUUCUCUCAUUCAUUUUUUCACCUUUUUGGUUUGGUCCUUUGCCCAAUUUGUCUUUCUAUUUUUCUUUCUUUCUUUGUUCUGCCUCUGCAUUCAUUUAACUUGAUACUCAGUCAAUUAAUUUUUUUAUUGAAGUCUUACAGGGAUUUUCAUGAAGACUUGUUUCCUGAUACUUUUGCAAGAGAAGCAUCCAUGACAGCAGAAGAGUGGUUCAGUGGAUCCAAUAACCCUGUAAGUUACAGAGCAUCAGAUCCUUGUGUUAUUCAUGUAUACUUCAUUUGUAGUUACCUUAAUAGAGAUGAUAAAUCUGACCUGCUUUGGUAAUAAGGAACAAAGUCAUUUAUAUUGUCACAGGCACAGAAAGAAGAAAACAUCUGAAUCUUCCUGUGUGUAGUUGACUGGAGUUAGUGCUAAAAAGGCAUGUUUUUCCCAACAGUUAAGGAGAGUUUCUCUUGAUCCAUCAAAACGACAAAUGGAAUGUCAAAAAACAACAACAGCACAAGAAAAACCACAGAAACCCACACUCAAGCCAAAACCAGCAACAGAAAGUCAGAAACCAAGUGUUGCUGUAGAAAAGGUAAGUUAUUGUAAGUUCUUUCCUAACAUUACAUUAAACUAUAUUCUAUUUCAAUUUGUAGUAAGGUAAUAAAAUGUUUACACUGCAUGAGAAAAGACUCGGGUAUGUGUCAUCCCUACCAAGUGACUCAACAAAGACCUCUAGCUAAUCCAUUAAGAAUUGUAACAAUGGGAAUGUAUGUGGAUUCUUAAUGGCAUGACCUGCCAUUCAACAACUUAAAUAGAGUGUAAAGAGAUUACCUACAUAGUGCAAUAUUGAGUAAUUAGGAGGUAUCUUUGUUAUUGUUGUGUUUAAGCAUUCAACAAGUGAGUCCAGAGAAUCACCAAAAGAAGAAGCUAAUUCUCAACAAACUCAACAAACCAUCAACAAAUUAACAUCAUCUGCUGGUCCUGAGGCAGAACCUUCAACAAAGCCACGAAAGACUUUCACAGCUGCACGUACAUCAAAAUUCAGACACCUUCAUGGCACUCCCAUGCACAAAAGCAAUAAUAUAGACAAUGUACGGAAUUUGAGCAUAUCAGUACUAGCAGACUCUGAUGGUUUUCAAGUCAAUCAGAAGUUUGCCGCUUUUCCUUUAUCAGGACCUGGAGGCCAAAUAGCUGUGGUCCCUGUAAGUAAUCCAUCAAACAUGCAUUUGUAUCUGUCCAGGCCAACUUUUUUUAAUGAAUUUAAUUGCAGUGAAUUCCUUUGCAUGGGGGAGGCUUUGGUUGCAGAUGAGCUGUCACCAAGGUGCAAUUGAAGGAAAACCCCUGACCGUUUUUGAACCAAUUUUAUAGAUAUAAUGCAAAUAAUGGCUAGUGGCUUCAAAGACAGAGUUGGGGAGAAGCAAAACUGACUUUUUUCUUAGAUUUUUUAUUUCAGUGGCAACCAUCCUGAAGACCAUUUUCAAUCAUUGGAGGUCUUCUUGUUGAUAUAUGUUAUUAUCAUGAUUAUAAAUUAUAGCUUAUUUUUAUUCUCUUUGUUAUUUAAAUUAUUGUUUUUAUUAGAGACACUUAUAAUAAGUUAUCUCACAAUGUGAUCAAAUUUCUGUUUUCAGUUAGAUAAGCCCGGCCGGCUUCCUGAUUCGGGCCUGCCUGUAAUUCAGUGUGGUAGUGGUGUGCUGGAUUUUGCCAUGGACCCAUUUAACAAACAGAGACUAGCAACUGGUGGGUUGGGUACAUCUUAUUUAUAAGUGAGGGUCAGAAAGUGAUCCAGGCGGUCCAUGCUCUCUCUAAGCUUAUGCUGGUAUUAAGGAUGAAGCAACUGAAAGUAUUGGUACUCCCCCUGAAUUUCGUGAGGCUUACCUGACAGUUGGCUACCAUUGUUAUACUGUUGGGUGGACUGUUUUGCCUUAAGACACAAGAUGAUGACCUGGGUAGGUCUUGAACUCAUACCUCUUAAGGUGGAGGUCAAUGGGCUUGUUGUUAAGCCACUUUUUCUGCUGGGUAUAAUGUUGACGAAGUCAAAUGUAAUCAUUUAAUAAACUGAUGUGAAACAACUUGACAGUUGGAAUUGAUGCACUUCGUUGUAUAUCAUGUGAUUGUAUGUCGAAGGGCUUUGUUUUUUUUUUGUCAAAUACUUUUUCUGCAUAUUUGGAUGCAUAACUAAUAAUGUUCUAUAUUUGUUUAUCUUUCAGCCUGUGAAAGUGGUUUUGUUACUGUGUGGGAAGUACCCAAUGAUGGCUUGACAGAAACUAUUAACAAUCCAUUUGUGGUUUUGAAAGGUUAUUUUGCAAAAAUCAUUUUAGACAUCUAUGAAUCUGUUUAUUUUUAAGCCAACCAGCUGGCUAACAAACCACUCAAUCAAAUUUGAUCUGAUACCUUCCAAAACUUGACUGGUUAAACAACUAUUUUUGUUAUAAACAUUUAAACAAAUUCAUCAAUUUAGUUUGUUUCUUCUUUUGUUUUUAAUAUUACAGGUCAUAAUGACAAACCAAACAUAGUAAAGUAUCACCCCACAGCCAAAGGUGUUCUGGCAUCAGCAGCUAUGGAUUUAACCAUCAAGAUCUGGGAUGUUGACAAAGCUAAAGAUCUAAUAACGCUUAAAGGACUUACUGAUUCGGUAAGGAUCCUAAACACUUACUGGUACAUCUGCUGCCAAAGAAACAGCUAUUUUCCAUUUUCCUUUUCUGGGAUGAAAUGCAAAUUCUUGUGUUUAUGAAAAUCUUUAAAGGUUGCAGAGCCAAGCAUCCUGUGAACUAAAUGUGUAUCAAUAUUUCAUAAGAGAAAAAGUUGUAGUGAAUACCUUUGUAAGUUUUAACAAACAUUUUUUAACCAUCUACACCAAACAAAAAUUUUAUCAUCUUGAUAGCACUUAAAGACUUUUGAUCCUAUGGUUGCUAGCUUUUUAUGAUAAAAAUAAAUGUAAGCAUACCAAGUGAGCUGAUGAUUAAAAAAGGAAAUGAAAAACUUGAACAGUCAAACAAGCUGAUUAUCAAAAGUCUUUUUAGGUUUUUAGCUUGAGUUGGAAACCAGAUGGAACAAGACUAGCCACUGUGUCAAGAGAUAACAAGAUCAGAAUAUUUGACCCAAGAUCUCAAGUUUCGCCUCUACAGGUAUUAUUCAUUUAAAAUAUUAUCUGGGUGCAAGGAGAUUUGUCUGGACAAUCUUCCACCAGAGAGAGCCUCAACUAGUGUAUUUUGUAAUUUAAAAUUGAGCAUGAGCUCUGUGAGAGGAGUGCUGGCUCAGUGGAUAGUAUGUUGCAGACAGGUUUGAUGCUGGACUGAGCAGUCGUGUUGUCUCCUUGAGCAAGAAAGUUUACUGUGACCAUGCCCCUUUCCACUCAGGAGUGUAAUUGGAUACCUGCAAACUGUCAUGGAAACCCGAGGAAAUGUUGGGGCUACCUUUGCUGGAUUAGUAUUGCUUCCAUGUAGAGAAGCAUCUCCCCCAGUGGCCUCAUGCUACAGAAAGCAGAGAUAAUCAAUGGCAGUUGUGUUCAAUUGUUUUCCCUCACCUCCAUAAGCACAUCAACAAUGUUCUUGGUCACACCCUAGGGGAGUUGUUCAGCUGGUGUACCUUCAUGUAAUCUGAGUCCAGCACUGUUGAUUUUUUUUGUAGAUAUUGUUAUUUAUAGUGCAGCCUAUAUUUGAUCAAAGAGUUAAUUUCUUUUUUUUAGACAGGAACAGGACCUGAAGGGAGCCGUGGAGCUCGUGUCUUCUGGGGAGGUCCAAGUGGGGACUGGUUAGUGACCACAGGAUUUGGCAAGUAAGUUGACAUAUAUACCUCACCUUAAAGACAAAAAGCUAUUUGCUGUCCACCAGAAUUGUAUGUCAAGAAGUAACUCAUUAAAGACACUGAAUAAACAUGAUUUUCAUUUUUUACAUUAUGCUAUUACUUGCCUUUCUCAAUUAAAUGUCCAGUAAAGACCACCUGGAUGGAUAUUUUCACCUUUUAAAGAAAAAAAGUGUGGCUAUUUUGACUUAUGUACUUGGCAUUUUUGCCUAAUAUUCUUUUCUUGUACUUAAAUUUGUUUGGAGGUUUUUUUUGUUUGUUACAUAUAUCAGAGCAUGAAAUUGCACCUAAUACAGGUGCCAAUGCGACUAAAUUUUAUCACUUUGGCAACCAAAUCCUGAAAAUUAGUUGCCAAAUUGGCGACUAGAAUGUUUAAUCAUAACCUUACCUAGAGAUAUAGUGAAUUAAAAAGAUUUGCAAAGAUAAAUCCGCAGCGAACUUCCUCUUUAAGUUUGUUUUCAAAUUGCAAUACAUGCAUCUUGAUCAAUAACUAGACACCAUCUUGGAUUUAGGUUAGCUUGAACGUUGCAUAUCAUCCAUCCUAGUGUCCACUUUGUAGCACAUUGAAGAUCUUUUCCCUAACUUAAUUUCUAGAACAAUGACAGCAGAAAAAAAGGUUUUGUUUGUCUUUGAAAAUGGCAACCAACUUUUUUUGAAUUGGCUACCACUUUGAAGAAUUUAGGAGCCAAGUGGAUAUCAGAAGAAAAAAAUUACCGUAAUUUCCGGUCGAUUACCCGCGGGUAAUCUGUUGAUUUUGCAUUAAAUCCGCGCCACUGCGGGUAAUAGGGAGGUGCGGGUUAUGUGACAAUUUUAAAUUCUUCUGGAAGUUGAAUUGAAAAAAUUUCUCACCUACCUGCGUUUCCACCUCUCAAAUGAAUUUUAUUGUAUCAAAAGUGCCACAAAGCGGCACGAAAACAUGAUGCCAACUCGAGUUUAUUUCACGCAUAAUUAGUUGCGUGACAAACAAAUUUUUAUCGGCACGCGUGAAAACAAAACCUUGAUGGUGACAAAAAUAAUCCAAGGAUAUCCGGCGCAUCAGUAACAAAUUUCCAGUUUUCACUAGCUUGAGCUAAAGAGAAUUUUCCCGUUUUAAGGGACUUGUUAGGCCCAGUAGAACAGGAGAUAUCGAUUUUUUGAGAAAUUGCCGACAGUAAUUUUAAAUCCCAAAUGCAUCACCAGAAUGUUGAAAAUAAUAGGUGCGAAACUUAACUAAUUUCGCGCUGAAAAAGUAUUUUAACGACAAAUGAACAAUGGAUAUUGCUCAUUACGCUCCUACAUGCUAUAAAAAGGUAACUGACUGAAUAAGAAUUAUAAACCUCGAUCAUUCGCGAUAAGUGUAUCCACGAGUCACCAAUUAAGUUAAAAUGCCUGCUGUGAAACGCCCACGUCACAGUUUUACGUUUGAUUAUAAGCUUAGAGUAAUAACUCUUGCCGAUGAAAUCGGUAAUAGAGCAGCAGCAAUAAUCAAUCAAUAAAGUAUAAGCUAAUAUUGACACAGAAUUGUGCACAUGUCUGAAUCGAAAGACUGAAAUGUAUCGCCUUAAUGUCACGUUUUCGCCACCGAAAAAGUUGAAUAACAACGUGCGGGUUAUCCACCGGUGCGGGUAAUCCGUUGACUUUUUUUUUCGCCGUAUGCAAUAAUCGGCCGGUGCGGGUAAUCGGCCGUGCGGGUAAUCGACCGGAAAUUACGGUAAUAUCACACCUGUGUAUAUAUAUUUCAAUAUGCAGCUUUUAACUUUUUUCAGGUUUAGCUGUUCAGGGGUAAUGUGAAUUUUCUUCUUUUUCUCUGCAUUAGAUCAAGCAUAAGAAUCAUUAGUGUUUAUGACAGUUGUGAUCUGUCUAAAGUUUUAUCAUCAGUGGAGGUGGAUGCGGCACCCGCUACCCUGAUACCUUUCUAUGAUGAAGACUCCUCUGUCAUGUUUCUAUCUGCUAAGGUAUAUGUAUAUAAUAUAAUAUAAAUAUGCUGUGUUAAAAAUGUCAGCAGUGACAAGGACCAUGCACUUCCAAUAAACAAUCUGUAUUGGCACUUUCAUUUCUAUAAUUAUGAAACUCCACGAGGAAGGUUGUGGUGAAUAAGUUGAGAUGUGGUGCAAGGAAAUUUGUACAUAUCAGUCAGAUAAAUAGGUUUGUGCCUGUCAGACAACAGAUGGAGCCAUAUCCUGUUAAGCAGACUAUUUGAGUUUAUGGUAUGGAACUGUGUAGGAAAAUAAAUUUUGGUAUAUUUCAUUUCCAACAAGAUAAAUGGGCUGAACUAGCAACAAAUGCCUUACCAUGUGAAUUACCUUUUCAGGGUGAAACUACAAUAUUUGCUUAUGAAGUCAGUGAAGAGCCACCUCACUUGAAUGAAUUGUCACACUAUGGGACAAAGAACCCUUACCAGGUGAUGAAUUUCUGUAUAUACUGUUACAGUGAAUAAGUAACACAUGUAGACACCACAUACUCAUUAAUAUCAUCAAUAACUUAAUAUUUUAUUCUUAAAAUAAUAUUUUUACUUUUGCAUUUAGAUUGGUUUUUGAUUGGUUAAAAAAGUUUUUUAGUACCAUUUAAACUCUUGAAAACCAUUAACCCUCUGCUCCCAAGGAGUAACUAGCAUCUAAUAAUUUACUCCUUAAAAUAUCACUCUUGAAUCAAACAUUAAGGUCACAAAAAUAAAGGAAAGGAUCACUAACUAAAGAAGCUCUUGAUUGUUAUAUAAAUUCUCCUUGUCAACACCUAAGGAAAUAUACAGAGAACAGUUUGGAGAAUAUGCAUACUGAUGUUGGGGUGUAAGAGGUUAACAAGUUAUCAGUAAGCACAGAUACUUUGACACUAUGUCAAUUUAUGAAAUUAUACCUAUUUUAAGCAAUAGUCUUCAGUUAUUGUUUGAUAACUUUCAUGAUUUUAAUCAAUAGAAUCUGAAUUACGUAAUAUUCAUGUUUCCAACAGGCAGUGGCCUUUCUACCUAAGACUGUUUGUGACAUAAAACAAGUGGAGUUUGCCAGAGCUGUUAAGUUGAACAAGACGUCAAUUGACUUAAUUACAUUCCAGGUUCCUCGAGUGAAGGCUAGUGCAUUCUCUUGCUAUAUUAACAAUAUGUAAAUGUUUGUUCUAAGUGGAGAGAAAUUUUAGUGAUUAGAACAGUAACAUCUCUAGCAGUUAAUUUAGAGGAGCAGGUGUUAGUAGUGAUUUAAUUUUCCUUUUCAUUAUCAGAUGGAAUACUUUCAAGAUGACCUUUUCCCAGACACCAGAGUAUGGUGGGAGCCUUCAGUGACUAGUGAUAAGUGGUUCACUGGUGAAGAUAAAACACAGAGAACAAUGUCACUCAGACCAGAUGGCAUGAAAGCAUGUGUGUAAAUAAUCAAUAAGUGUAGUUACCAUGCAUUAUUAUUGUUUACUACAGGUCAGAAUAUGAUUUACUUCAUUCAUUUUAGAUCAAAUUUACUAAUGGAGAACCAACCCUAAGCAAAAUUUGCCUUCCUCCAACAUGUAGCAUUGUAGUGCUGUUGGCAGUAAUGUCCAACUAAGUAAGUCAUCCAGAGGGAAAUCAUAGAGAAGUGCAUUCCAUAUCAAACAAAUUACACUUAAGGGUAACCUCUUUUUCAUGUCAAAAAAGUGAUUAAUUUAGUUUCUAGAAAAUAGGGAACAUAGUCAUCAAUUUUUUUUCUUUUGUUUUGCCUGUGCUUGUUGGCAAGGAUUUUUUUUCUUCACUUUACAGACCACUGCUCUUCAUAACCUUAAUUCAUUUGUUAUUGGGUGAACAUUACUAUUUUAAUACAAGGUUGUUGUUCUCUCUCCUUAUCUGUGGCAGUGAGUGAAGCACCCAAACCAGCCCCUAUUGCCAGGAAGUACGACAGUAGACAUGAGCUGGAGGAGGUGAAGUCCAUCGAACAGCAGAAAGAAGAAGUAAGUAAAACAAACUGUUCACUAAAAAAAGAAAGAUUGCUAAAAUAAAUGAAAGUGUCUCUUAUUUCUUCAGUUCUUUACAGUUAAUUUUUAAUAAUUGAAAAUUAAAUUGGUUUUAUAUAUUUAUUUUCAGCUUUUGAACUCUAUGGUUGACAAAUUAGGAAAUUACGAUGAUGAUCCUUUGCCUCAGGAUCUUCAAGAAGGAGUGGAUGAUGAUGAAUGGGUA